AUGUCUACAGAUCCAAAAACCGAUGUCUUGGCUACAGCACAAGCUGCUGCUUCAGGUGCUGCUAAAGCUGCCACUAAACCUUCCAAAAAGGAAUCAAAAUUACAAUUUCAAUUGAAAGUUCCAAAAGGUACAAAGGAUUGGGCUGAUAAAGAUAUGGUUAUUAGAGAAGCCGUUUUCGAUUCCCUAUCUAAAUUGUUCAAACGUCACGGUGCUGUUACUAUUGAUACCCCAGUUUUCGAAUUGCGUGAAAUUUUAGCUGGUAAAUAUGGUGAAGAUUCAAAAUUAAUUUAUAAUUUAGAAGAUCAAGGUGGUGAAUUGACUUCAUUACGUUAUGAUUUAACUGUCCCAUUCGCAAGAUAUGUUGCUAUGAACAACAUUCAAAAUAUCAAAAGAUAUCAUAUCGCUAAAGUUUAUCGUCGUGAUCAACCUGCAAUGACUAAAGGUCGUAUGAGAGAAUUCUAUCAAUGUGAUAUCGAUUUCGCAGGUUCUUACGAUUUAAUGGUUCCAGAUGCUGAAAUCUUGGCUAUUGUUGUUGAAGGUUUAACUGGGUUGGGUAUUCAUGAUUUCAAAGUUAAAAUAAAUCAUAGAAAGAUAUUGGAUGGUCUUUUCCAAGUUUGUGGUGUUAAAGAUGAAGAUAUUAGAAAAGUUUCAAGUGCAGUUGAUAAACUAGAUAAAAACCCAUGGGAAGCUGUUAAAAAGGAAAUGACGGAUGAAAAAAAUCAACCAGAAGAAGUUGCUGAUAAAAUUGGUGAAUAUGUUAAAUUAAACGGUUCAUUAAGUGAAGUUUUAGAAAUCUUGAGUCAAAAAGAAGAAUUAUUGGCAAACCCAAUUGCUAAACAAGGUAUUGAUGAAAUGACCACUCUAUUAACAUAUGUUCAAGCAUUUGAAUUAGAAAAACACUUAUCAUUUGAUUUAUCAUUAGCUAGAGGUUUAGAUUAUUAUACUGGUUUAAUUUAUGAAGCUGUUACUCAAGGUUCUGCGCCACCUUCUAAUGCUUCAGAAUUGAAGAAAAACAAAAAAUCUGAUGAUGAAGAUGCUUCAGAAUAUGUUGGUAUCGGUUCAAUUGCAGCUGGUGGUAGAUAUGAUAAUUUAGUUAAUAUGUUUGCUACUGCUAAUGGUAAAAAAAAUCAAUCAAUUCCAUGUGUUGGUAUUUCAUUUGGUGUUGAAAGAAUUUUUUCAUUAAUCAAACUACGUGAAGCUCAAAACAAACAAAUAAACAUCAAACCAACAGCCACUCAAGUGUUUAUCAUGGCCUUUGGUGGUGGUCCAGAUUGGAAAGGUUAUUUACCAGAACGUAUGAAGAUUGCUAAACAAUUAUGGAGUGCAGGUAUUGAAUCUGAAUAUGUUUAUAAAGCUAAGGCUAAUCCAAGAAAACAAUUUGAAUCUGCUGAAAAAUCAGGUGCUCCAGUUGCUGUUAUCUUGGGUAAAGAAGAAUAUUUGGAAGGUAAAUUAAGAGUUAAAAGAUUGGGUCCAGAAUUUGCUAAUGAUGAUGGUGAAGUUAUUCCAAUUGAAGAUGUUGUCUCUAAAGUUCAAGAAAAAUUAACAGAAGCUCGUGGUGUUGAAGGUGUUGAUGAAGUUACUCGUUUACUUAAAGGUUUAUAG